AUGUUGCUGUACACAAAGGAGCUCGUGGCGCCGCGUGCCAAGCUCACCCAGGGUCUGCAGAGAUUCCGGACGCAGCAGCUGCGGCAAAAGUAUGAGAAGAUGCUGCGCAGAGAGUUUGCCCACUCGACGAUCCAUGGCAUUCAGAAUGUCAUUGAGGAGAAGCAUGCUUGCGCUCGCUACUUUUGGCUUCUUGUCGUGCUGACAGCUACGAUGGGAUUGUUGGUCAUCUUCUCCCUGUUGAAGCAUCAGCAUAGUGCACAGCAGCUGGUCAGCGUGGUGGAGACGACACAGUUUCCUGUUUAUAAUAUUCAAUUUCCGUCGGUUGCUAUUUGUCCCUUCAAUCAUGUUAACUGGCUGCGCGCCUCAACGGCUGAACACCGCUUCCUGCCCAGGAAUGCUGACUCAUACACGCGUGAGUCCUUUCACCAGCUACUCAUUCAAAUGGAGCAGCUCAACUUUGGUAAGUUUCAAACACUCGGCGCGCUAUCCAAGCGAAAUCUCACUGCGCUGGCGAACGUGAGCCUCAUCAAGCUGGCCAGUUAUUUGGCCUACCGCUGCGAUGAGCUCUUCGAGCCGGACUCCUGUUUCUUCGAUGAAACCAAAUACGAAUGUUGUCAGCUGUUUGUGCCGGAGUACACUGAGAAAGGCGUCUGCUUGGUUUUUAACUCGUUGAUAUCCGAAGAAUCGCGCAAAAAGAAGCUGGUCAGUGAGUUUUAUCCCUUCAAGAUAAGCACAGCCGGCGAGGGCUCUGGCCUCCAGUUUAUGCUGCACCUCAAUGAUACCUUCUUGCGCGCUGGCACCCAGGUGCCCUUUUCUAUGAAUCUAAUGAUCAAGGAGUCCAAUCAAUGGUCAAACAACAUGAACUACCAUCUCUAUGAAAACACUGAAAACUUUGUGUCAAUAGAUCCGAUGGUCAUCCAAACGUCCAAGAACACGAAGUUAAUGGAUCCGGUCAAGCGACGGUGCUACUUUGAGGUAGGUCACGAGCGACAUCCCUACUACCCGUAUAAGGAUCUACCCUACAGUCGCACCAAUUGCAUUUUCACUUGCUUACAGUGGGCUCUGAUUGAUGCUUGUAAUUGCUCCAUGCCUCUGUACUUGCCAGAUAUAGACGAUACCAGGGAGUGCACUGUGCUGGACUUUGCAUGCCUUCAUCGCCACACGGAUGUCGUUGGGUAUGUGAAAACCAUUGACCAGGAUAAAUAUAUUAAGGACCCACGACGGGGUCUGGUCUGCCCCUGCCUAGACAGUUGCAACACUCAACUAUACCAGACGUAUCUGAAUGUGCGUCGCUUUGAUUACUUCAAUGCGACAAAUACCACAAUCUCAAAACGAAUCAGGGCAGAGAUCUAUUAUGGCCAGCGGGUUUUGAUGAAGAUUGAAACCAAGCUAAAGUACAAUUUUGUCGACUGGGUCGCUGCCUUUGGUGGCGUCCUAGGUCUUUAUGUGGGUGCAUCGACCCUGAGCUUUGUCGAACUGGGCUACAUAGUAUCUCGGCUUUUGUGGUCUCUGCUCAAGGAUGCGUAUGCUCAAAUAACUUCAAAACUAUAAUCGAUAAGCAUUUAAUCAGUUGAUCAAGAGUUAAUUACAAAUACUUAUG